UGCACUCACUGGGGUGAUGAGAUCAAGGGAUUCUCUAAAAAGAGACUCAAGAAACAAUGCACUCGAGUUACAACAUUAUCAGGGAAAAGAAUCAUAGAAACAUGGAAAGAUUCCCUGGUGCAUGUUGUGGAUGACCCAGAUCAACAUGAAGGACCAGCCUGUGGAUAUGUGCAGGAUCUUAGCAUGGACUUGCAGGUGGGCGUCAUCAAGUCCUGGUUAUUGUUGGGCUCACAAGAUAUUGCACAGGACCUGGAUGUACUAAAAAAUUAUAAGGUCACCCAUAUUUUGAAUGUAGCCUACGGUGUGGAAAAUGUAUUUCCAAAUGACUUUACUUAUAGGAAGCUUUCCAUCCUUGACCUACCUGAGACUGACAUCACUUCAUAUUUCCCAGAGUGCUUUGAUUUUAUAGACCAAACAAAAAAGGAGGAUGGCGUGGUGCUUGUCCACUGCAAUGCAGGCGUGUCUCGCGCUCCAGCAAUCAUUAUUGGUUAUUUGAUGUAUAAUGAAAAACUGAAUUUUGCCAGAGCCUUUUCAAUUGUAAAAAAUGCCAGACCCGCAGCCUGCCCAAACCCCGGAUUCAUGGAACAGCUCCACAAGUAUCAAGACAGUAUAAGAAGACAAACAGACAUACAUGAAAAGACAGACUGA